AUGAGCUCCGACGUUGACCCAGGGCCCUCGAAAUUCAAGGGCAAUCAGCACCGUCGAGGAAGACUGGUGGAUCAACAUCCAGAGCUUCCCCGCCUUAUUCAGAAAUGCAUCGACGAGCAUGUCCGACAGGAAAAUAUUCCAGACACGCUAUUGAAGGAGAACGGAAUCAAAAUUGGGCUUCGGAGCGUCGAGCGGAUCAUCCAAAAGCACAAUCUCUGCACAACGCGUCACUCCAACCUUACCGACAUUGAGAAGGUCACUGCCAUUCUCUCGCUUGUUGAGGAUGAUCCAUUGGGUCGAUGGGGAGGGCGAAGGGUGAAGGAAAAGCUUGCGCUUGACACCGUACAUAUCUCUCUACCUCAAAUUAAUGACGUACAGCGCACCCUCAACGCCGACGCUGUCAGUAAACGCCAUCCAGCCACUAGAAAGGUACACAAGAGUGGUUUGUUCAGCAGUGGGCCAAACGAGGAAUGGUGCAUUGACGGCCACGAAAAAAUCUUUGAAUCUAUGGGCAUCGGUAUCUACGGCAUUAUUGACAAAUACUCGCGGAAAGAGCUUCUCCUCCUUGCUAUGCGUUCGGUUCGUCGCGCGAACAUUCCUCCUGCACUGUAUCUUCGACUUGUCCACGAGCUGGGCGGGAUGCCAAUCCAAACUACGACGGACAUGGGCACCGAGACUGGCAUCCUUGCAGCACUUCAAACAAGUCUUCGCGAACAGUCUUUUCCCGAGCUCUCACUCGAGGUGGUCCCAGCCCAUCGAUCGGUCAAAAGUGUGUAUAACAUCACUCGUGAGCGGAACUGGCGACCUCUCUGGGAGAAAGAACUUGCCAACGUUCGGUAUCAGUACGAAGCAGGGAAGAUCGAGGCAGGGUAUCACCCGGCUGACCCAAUCCACCAGGAGGUGGCCGUGUUUGUUUGGGGGCACCUGUGGGUUGUGGGCAUGAGCCACACUAGCAGGGGGGAUGUAUAUGUCGCCGCGAGCGUGGGUUUGGAGGGUGGGCCAUCGCAUCUUGAAUAG